CGAAGGAUUGCGGCAACAAAAAAAUACGGUAAGUAGGGUGGAAAAUUACCGUGAUUCCCAAAGAUGAUUCCUGGACCAUGGGAUCGGCUCCGAAAGGCGUCCCUGUGCAAGAGGGCGAAUAUUUGUUUGGCCUUCCGGGUUGGUUUUGCCGGUACCGUGGCUAUUAUUUGGCUUUCCGGAUGGGUUUUCUUGGUUCCGUGGCUAUCUGGAAGGUGUCCCUGUGCAAAAGGGAGGAUGCUUUUUGGCCGCCUGAAUGAAUUUUGCCGGUUUCGUGGCCAUCCGGAUGGCCAAAAAGCAUCAUCCCUCUUGCGCAGGGAAGCCUUCCGGAUGGCCACGGAACCGACAAAAACAUCCUGAAGGCCAGAAAACAUCCCCCCUUUUGGCCAGGAGGGAAAUGUUAUCCUGUUAAAUUUCAUAAACCUUAACCUUAAACUAUUUUUUUAAUCACCCGCAGCACUAUUUUACGGUACCUGGUCCCCCGACAACGACCAACCAAACGGCGGCGGACGUGGUACAGAGGACGCUUUUAGAAACCUUAAAAAAGCCAUCCGCUUCGUGGUCAUGAUCUCGUCAGAGAUCCUCAAGACGAACGUUGAAUACAUUAAGAUUGCCGGGUGGAUCGGCUAUCAACAACUUCGCCAACGACGAGCUCAUAAUGACGCACGCAGGUGCAGAUCGUCUGGGCCGCUUGGGACAAGGUGUCCGAGAAUCCAAAAAUACUCCUCCCAAACGGCAUCAAGUCGGCAACCUAACAGACUCGUUCAUGCGCCCUGGCAGUUUGCGGCGUUCGAUUCAUACGAGCACUUUACCCAGUACUCGGACGAGAUCCUGGACUUGCUCGGAGGCGUUCGUCAACUCAAAGAUGCUGGAGAUGGUAAAUGCGCGCGAUUCGGAACGCCGCAUAAGCACCUCGAUCAACGCAAUUGAUUCCAGUUUUGUGCGACUCGCGCUCUUCAAAUCCCCAGCUGACCUCACCCGUCGGCCAAGCAACAGCCGUAGAACCCGUUCGGAGAUCCAACCCCUGAGAUCGGAAUAAUUCUUUGGCGAAGAGCAAGGAUCUCAGGGCAGCUCCUAAAUCAACAUCAUGUAUCCUUCGUUACCGCAGGUUCAAC